AUGUCUACUGACACAGAGAAUGCGGAUGACCCUUUGGAGCGUAACUGCAAGUGGGUUCGCGAUGUCCUGGAAAAGUUGGUAACUGGUGUUAUAGUGAGUUGGGAAAAGGCUUAUGAUGUUCUUUCCGAGGUUGAGAUGAUCUCUAAAGAGAUCGAACUUCACUCGAGGUAUCUUAGGUAG